AUGGUGACUCAUCUGUACCUAGGUGUGAUAGUCUUGGCUGUUUUUGCAACAACUGUUGCUAAUGCAGAUAUCCAAGUAGCCUGUGCAAAAGACUCUAUAAAAAUCAUAUGGAAGAUUGGUGCAGGUUUGGUGCCAAACGCAUCUCGUCUUUUCCUUGGAAACUGCAUGGCUUCUCAUUUAGAUGUUUUGCCCACUGGAGAAGGGGAAGUAGAGUUCGACUACCCGUUUGCUGAAUGCAGAUUUAAAAAACUGCUGAAAGGAAAAUUCCUCAUCUAUCAAAAUGAACUGACUUACAGGCCACAGUCAAAGUCAAAACCUGCAGCCUUUAAGUAUCCCAUUGAGUGUGUUUAUAAAAGACCUGAAGGGUGGGUUCCUGCAUUCCUAAACCCUGGAUCAGGUUUGUCUGAGGGUCGGAGUGGCCUGAUAUUCCACAUGGCACUCCUCAAUGAGCAAUUAACAUCCUUAGCAGAGACAAAUGUUAUCCCCCUGGGCUCGUACAUACCCAUAUGGGCCACAGUGUACCAGGUUGACCAUCAGCCGUUGUUGCUGUUGAUGGAGGAAUGUGUGGCAGCCACAACACCAGAGCUGCACCCUAGCAGCCAGGUUUACCCCAUCAUUAACAAUAAGGGAUGUCUUUUGGAAAGCACGAAGGGGACAGCCAGAUUCAUCCCUCGGCACCACUCAUCUUCACUCAUCCUCUACAUGCAGUCCUUCCAUUUUGGUCUUGGAGAGCCAGUGUACAUCCACUGCAAACUGGUCGCCUGGGAUCCUGAAUUUCUUGGUCAAGGCAAGAAAGCCUGCCACUAUUCAAAGGAAAAUGGUUGGGAACUGCUGGAUGACCCAUCUCAGAGCAGGCUCUGUAGCUGCUGCGAUUCAACAUGUGCACCACGCUCCAAAAGAACAGUUGAUUUGGCAUCCCAGCAACUGAAUUACAAUUCUGUGUUGGGACCCCUCAUCGUAGUGGAUCCGUCUGACUCGAGGGCCCACAAGUCUCAGGAUAAGAUCAGUCUAAGCUGAUGGGAGAAUGGAGGGAUCUUGUUCAGCAGAGGUGGCAG